AUGACUGACAACUUCUCAAUCUACGCGGAGCUGCUGCCCAACAUCCGGCAAGUAUCUGUCGUUGCCAGCCUCCCAUCGCAAUGUGACUCGUCGACUCGAGCCUUACUGCUCAGCGACGGCAGUCGCAUCCAUGUCACACACCGCGAUGAUGCACGGCUGCUCGAGCUGCCUGCCGCGGUCGUUCAAGGCGGCGGCGGCGGCUCGGCAAUUUUACCGCUGAAGCCCGCGGCGGAUAAUGGCUGCAAACUGACCUGGCGUUUCCCACUGGGCUCGGCUCAUUCCGCCCCAGCAGCACUGCGGGGAACCACUGCGCCUGGCGGCGUCGCCGGCUCCUCGGUGCCCUGGGAGGCUGUCAAUAUCUCGGCCGGCUCCACGGUGCGUUGUCGGGGGUGCAAAGCGGUGCUGGUGCCCGGGGAGCGCAUCGAAGAGUGGAAGGACCUGCCUAGCGCAAACUGGGCCGAGAUGAUGGAGUUUUGGCACUGUCACAAACCGGACGACCAUGACGGACCGGAUGGGCAUCGGCACGACGGACAUGAUCGACAAGACCAGCAAUCCAAAGGCGGGGCCAAGGCUGACGAGCAGAUGUUGGCCAGGAGGGGCUACGGGGCAAACUCCAGCAUCCAGGCGCAGCUGGGUGUGGGAUUUGUGGACUUGAUGACGUUUCUCUUUGCCGAGGAUGACUGUCGAGGCGUAGAGAUCCCAUCACACGAAAAUCUCGACGCCAGCAAUAGUGUCUGGUUCUUGCCGGUCAAGUGUGCUGCAUGCCUCACCAAGAUAGGACACUUCAGUAUGAGAUCACCCGCCGUGACACUCUACAAAUGGCAGGUACUCGUCGACAACGGCAGAAGCAAGAGCAGCAAUCCCCCGUCCGCUGUCCAGUGCCUGGCUGCGUCUUUGCUCGCAAACGUUGCUCGUUCAGGGUCUUCCAAGUCUCUGGUAAUGCCCAUGACAGGCUUCUUUUCUGGGGAGAAUCAAGAUACGAAAAGACGCGGCAUGGCGUUACACACGUGGAUACUCAACAGUACUAUAAGCUACACGUCGACUCUGGGCAAUAAGACCAAGAGUCCCGCCAUAAAACUGCUAUUCAAAGUGAUUAGCGAGGAGGAGGCCGACAAGAUGCUUGAGUCUUUCAAUUCGGACGUGCAAGAUGUAAGUCUGCCAGAAGAGGCGUUGGUGUGUGUUGUUGACGCACUGGAGCAUAGCAACAAAAUCAUACCAUUAAGCGACAGGACUUUUCAGGGAUGGACGGUAGGCCUACUGGACAGAUGGGAUUCUGGAUAG